CAAACAAAAAUAGCCCUCUCAGUAUUUUGCUUGGUCAAUCUAAACAGCCACUCAACUUCUCCCAUUUCCAUUCUUUUUACAAUCGUCACAGGUUAGUUUCCUUAACGACCAUUUCAAUAUUUUUCUGCAAAUCAAUUGAAAAAUCAUUGCUAUAUUCAAUUGGCCAUUGAUUUUUCAAUUGUGUCAGAAAAAAAACGAAACCCUAGGUUCCCCGAUCUUCGAAAUUCAUGUUUAUAUCAAUAUUCUCAAUUGUAGGUAUCUUUAAAGAUUCAAUUUUUCACUGUGGGGUUUCCUUAAUUUGAGCUCUAGGGAGUUUUCUUGGGUUUUUAUUAGUGGGGUUUGCUUAGUAUUGUAUAAAGUUUCAAUCUUUAGAUGGAUCUUGAUGUGUUGAAGAAAAGUUUGAACUUUGGUCAGAAGAAGAGGAAGUGGAUAAUUCUUCUUGGAUUAGUUGGUUUAUCUAGUUAUGGUGCAUAUAGGGUGUAUCAUAUGCCUUCUGUGGUGAAGAGAAGGAAGAGGGUUAUGAGGCUGUUGGGAGCUUUUGUGUCAAUGGCUGAAAUGGUUUCUGAUUCAUCUGAAGCUGUUAGUGUUGUGUCUAAGGAUUUAAAGGAGUUUUUACAGUCUGAUUCUGAUGAACUUCCUAGGAGUUUGAGGCAGUUAUCUAAAAUUGCAAGAUCUGAAGAAUUUACCAAUUCUGUGGUUAAGGUUUCCCAGGCUCUAACAGUUGGGAUUUUAUGGGGAUAUGGGGGUGAAAGUAAGAGGGAGAUUGAGGAGGUGGGCAGUUCAAGUAUUGUUGAUAAGGUUAUGGAUAGAAUGAUGAGUACUGUUGGGACUGGGUUUGUUUCUGUUGUUGUUGGUAGUUUUGCUAGGAACUUGGUUUUGGGUUUCUAUCCGAACAGUGGGUCGGAUGAGGGGUUGAAUGGGAAUUACCAAUCUGGGGUCUCGUUAAUGAAGUCGAAUUCAUCAGAGGUGCCAAGAUGGGUAGAUGUGGUUUGUGCUGAUAGAUGUAAACUAAUGAUUGCUGAUUGUAUCCAGACAUUUGUGAGCACUGCUGUUGCUGUUUACCUUGAUAAAACAAUGCAUAUAAACGUAUAUGAUGAUUUGUUUUCUGGGUUGACCAAUCCGAAGAAUCAAGCUAAUGUGAAGGACUUUCUAGUUUCUGUUUGUAAUGGGGCUGUUGAAACACUAGUGAAGACGUCUCAUCAAGUGAUGACAGCUUCGGGAUCUGAUUCUGAUUUGAAUUUGAACUCUGCUUGUUCCAUAGUUGAUCAAAGUGAAUAUUUGACUCAAGCAAGUGAGGAGGCACUUGAGCAAGUGCCUCCAAGAAAGAUUAAAGAUAUGAAUCAACCGAUUGAUCUACAAAGUAAUGGAUGGCUGACUAGUGUGUCAUCAACAUUGGCAGUUCCAAGCAAUAGGAGGUUUGUACUUGAUGUGACUGGCAGGGUGACAUUUGAAACCGUUAGAUCCAUCGUGGAGUUUUUCACUUGGAAGCUAUCAGAGAACUUGAAAAGAAGUGUUAAUGUCGUCCAUGAAGAAGUUGUGGAGAGAGGGCUGGAUGUCAUUACUCAUAUCAAUGCUAAAUCUUAUGUAAUUCUUACAGUAUGCCUCGCAUUAUUUUUACAUAUCCUUGGCAGUACUCAAGCUUUAUUGCCUGCCUAAAAGUUAGUGAUCUCCUUAGAUCUAUUAUCUUAGAAGCUUAUAUGUUCUGUAGUCUGGGAAAUAUGUACAUGCAUUUGUCAUACCUAUUAUUGAA